AUGCUUUUCUGGCACAGCCAACCUGAUCAUUACUGGCCAAGCCCAGGGGAAAUGUAUCCUUGCUCUGGCAGCAAUCUGAUAAGGGAGCCUCUAGCAUUGCCGUUCUUGAAACAGGAGGAACCAAAUAGCAUUUCAACAUCAGCUGAACAACAUUGUCCAUCUUUCCAAUACAUUCUGUGUGCUGUUACCUCUCCAGCUGUCAAACAGCAUGAGGAAACCCUCACCUAUCUCAACCAAGGACAGUCAUAUGAAAUCCGGAUGUUAUGUAACCCCAAGAUGGGAGAAUUUUCAGAGGGACGCAAGCUGCUGAAGAGUGUUGUCAGAGUGGUAUUCCAUGACCGAAGACUCCAAUAUACUGAACAUCAGCAGCUGGAGGGAUGGAGGUGGAACCGACCAGGUGAUCGCAUCCUGGAUAUUGAUGUUCCCAUGUCAGUAGGCAUCAUGGAACCCCAUAUCCAUCCCACCUUGCUGAAUACUGUGGAGUUCUUGUGGGACCCAACUAAGCGGACAUCUGUUUUUGUCCAGGUCCACUGCAUUAGUACUGAGUUCACACUACGUAAGAAUGGAGGGGAGAAAGGUGUUCCUUUUCGGAUCCAGGUGGACACCUUCAGGCCCAAUGAGAAGGAUGAACAUGUGGAGCACUUGCACUCAGCCAGCUGUCUCAUCAAAGUUUUCAAGCCUAAAGGAGCAGACCGGAAGCAAAAAACAGACAGGGAAAAGAUUGAAAAGCAAUCCCUUCAGGAGCGUGAAAAGUACCAGCCAUCAUAUGAGAGCACAAUGCUGACAGAGUGUGCUCCAUGGCCUGAAGUUUCCAGUAGUCUCCACAGCCCUCCCACAACCCCUGGCCUUGUCUCUCCGCACCCUUUCAAGCUUCAGACUCCUGAAAGGGUCUGCUCCUCACCCAGCUAUGCCUUGGACAGCUCCUCAGAGAGCAUGGGAGAGACCCUGAGCCCAAGUGCCUCCAUCAUGGAAACUCAACAAUGGUUGCACAAAAACAGAUUCUCCAAUUACUGCAGGGUUUUGGCCAGCUAUACAGGAGCUGACUUGCUCAAGCUUUCCCGCGCUGAUCUGGUACAGAUCUGUGGAACGGCAGAUGGAAUUAGACUCUCCAAUGCCCUAAAGGCCAGGUGUGUGCGCCCUCGACUCACACUUUAUGUGUCCAAGGAGCUGGAAACAAGUGGGAACAAUGGCUCCCCCAAUCCAGAGUCUGCUAUUUACCAGGAGUUGUAUCUGGAAGAACUUACUGCCACCGAACUUACCAAUAAGCUGGCAGAACUGCUCAGCUUCCCAGCCAGUCAAGUCCAACAGGUUUCCAGACAGGGACCUACAGGAAUUCACAUCCUUGUCAGUGAUCAGAUGGUCAGAAAUCUCCCAGAUGAAUCAUGCUUUGUAGCAGCUGUAAUAAAAGUGCAGAACACAGAAGGCUACCACUUAGUUCUCAAAUAGAUCUGGAUCUUCUAGAAGAUAAAUUGUCAACCUAUGAGAAAAGAAAGAACAGUAUGGUGGAGGAUCAGGUGCAAUAAUGGCGAAAAACCCACAAGAUCACUGUAUCCGAAUGAACUCGGGAUCACCAAUGGCUAAACUCUUCCAGGAUCCUAAACUGAAAGACCAAGCUGGUAUUUUAUUUAGGGCAACAGACAUCUAAACUGCAAAUAUAAAAUCCUGCCUCUGAAAGGGGAUAAGCACAGUUUUGGAAAACUCCCACUGGUGGCUAGAAGGAACAACAGAGAUGUUAUUGUUACAUAUUAGGAAGCAAGCACCCAAGUUAGAGAUAUUGUGACAGGACUGCAAAAGAUAAAAUUAAAUAUUUUUGUGUUUAUAUACACUGUUUAAAACACUCUCUAGGCUUCACUACGUUGAACCUUUUUUUUUUUUAACCCUUAGUGCAUUGAGCCCUAGUGACUACUGGCUAAACGUCCUGCUACAAAAAGUAGAGACAGCUCUUUGCAUAAUUUUCCCCCAGAGAAUGGUGGUGGACCUAUGUACCUCUUUUGCCAAAUGGCCAUGUGAGGCAAAUUUAUACAGGAAAACCAACAGGUGAGAGGUACCUAACCCUCGGUAUCCCCAGCAUGUAAUGUACUCUAACACCAGAGUGGACAUAUUUCUAAUCUGAAAGGUUAAUGGGGGUAUAUCAGAAGGGAAUAUUGGUGGUGAAGCUAAAUAGCUAGUCAGCUAUUAUUUAUUAUUAUCAUCAUUUAUUUAUAUAGUGCAAUCAGUGUACAUGUGUUGCAUGGUUAAUAAGGAAACACCAUUAUCUUUCCUUUACUAGCCAUUUUUGAGGCAAAGGAAAGAACCUGCCUCAGUAAAUAUACUGAAUAUGCUUGAUUUGUUUGUUAAUUGCUCUCGAGUCGACCAUGGAGACCCUGUGGAUGAGACAUCUCCAAGACCCUCUAUCCUUCACUGCUGUACU